AUGUUUAUGGACGCUCUUGGCGAAGAAAUAGACGACCCUGAAACAGAGUCUUUCCUUCUCUUCUCACAAUCCAUUCCGUCACAGAAUCUUGGAUUUGUCGACUCUAAGGCCACAUUACUGGAGCUAACAAUUGGUGACCGAGACCUGUCGAUCAACCAAUCACCGACGAUAUUGUCUUCAAAUAGAGGUGGUGGUACAACUGGUGCAGUCAUUUGGAAAAUUACCCCUCUUCUCGCGAGAUGGAUAACCUCCACCAACAUCCUCUUCAGACUUGGCAUUCUUGACUGCGAGUCCACGGUACUAGAGCUCGGCUGUGGCAUAUCGGGGAUCAUUGGGCUGUCUCUAGGGCCACUUAUCAAGUCCUACGUUUUGACAGAUCAGGACUAUGUCAUGAAACUCCUGAACCAAAAUCUGACACAAAAUCGACAAGAGACGUCUACUGUCAACAAAGGACGGAAGAGCUUAUCGAAGCCCAAGAGAGGUUCCGUACCAACAAACCCAUUGCAGGCCACCAGCAACAUCACUGCUCGGCCAUUGGACUGGGAAACGGACGAGGUGACAGCUUCGCUUACAGGUAGUGACUCAAACAAGAGCUUUGAUGCUGUGAUAGCUUGUGAUUGUAUCUACAACGAUACCCUGAUCAGACCCUUGGUACAGACUUGUGUCGAUGCUUGCAAGCUACGAGUGGCGGACGAUCUGGAGAAAAGUCCAUCUGUCUGCAUUGUAGCACAGCAGCUUCGUUCAUCGGAAGUGUUUGAAGGCUGGCUUAAAGAGUUCCACAUAUUGUUUCGAGUCUGGCGAGUCCCAGAUGAAGAGCUCAUUGAUGGUCUGAAGUCAGAUUCGGGGUUCGUCGUACACAUUGGCAUCUUGCGUUAG